AUGUUCAUACCAGCACGUACCACCGUCAACAGCAUUUUUAGACCAGCCAUUCAGGCAAAUUUAAUAGCGUAUCGAUGGACAACUACACAAGUGACUCGACCUCAAGUUGAGCAUCGUCCCACGUCUGUAGAAUCAGCGUCUGGUGCUCCUGAGGAGCUCACCACGGAGCGCUCUGUGCGUAUAUUUUCACCAUGCAAAGCUGCUACACAACAAGGCGUCCAUGGUACACGGCACUGGAGCAUUGAUUUUGAUAUUAUACCUGAUGCAGAUCGAUAUGAAAAUCCAUUGAUUGGCUGGGCAUCCAGUGCUGAUUAUCAACAAGGUCUCCAAAUGACAUUUGAUUCUAAAGAGGCAGCGAUCGACUUUGCUGAGAGACAAGGAUGGGACUAUUACGUACAUGAACCUGUUGCCAAAAAGUUUGUCAAAAAAGAAUAUGCCGACAAUUUCAAAUACUCUCCAGGCCCACUCAGGUUGAUCCUUACAAAAUAA